AUGGAUGCUUUUGCCCGCUCAUCGUCUCGCCCACGGCCCUCGUCGCGACCCACGACUCCCUUAAGACCCAAUUCCCGGUCGUCGAUCCGCGAAGCUCAUGGCUAUGGCAGCAGUAUUGGUAUGGCAGGCUACACCCAGCCUGCCAUCAAUGCCUUGGAACCCCAGUUUGCAGAGCUUGCAGACUCCAUGGCCGACCUCGAGGCCAACUUCAUGCACCUUCAGCUGAUGCACGAAAGUUUAACUCGGUUCAGUGAGAGUUUUGCCAGUUUCCUCUAUGGAUUGAACAUGAACGCGUUCUGUGUGGACUUCCCAGAGGACUACGGACACUUCCUUCAUCGAACAUCCUUCGAGCACCGUUCCCUCCAAGCCUUCGGCCAAAAUCCCGGCCCCGUCGCGUGGCACCACCAGAGGAUCCACGCGUGGUUCGACAAGCAGUCGUUAUGCGACACGGGGCGCCAAUCGCGGCGCCCGUCCAAGCGCAUUGCCCCGUGGACGAGGAUUGCGGUGAAGGCAGGAACCCGGAUGGUAGAAAUUUUCAACAGGGCGCAGACGGUUGAGCAUGGAGAGGCACAAAGACUUGCGCGAAGGGAACGGUCUGCUAUUGGCAAUCCGUAGAGAAUCCCUGCAGUUCGCAACGCGCCCCCAAACCUUGAGAGGAACCCCGUUCCUGAAAGAACCUACGGCGACGAUAGCGUUCCGUAACACGAAGCCUGCCGAGCGGCCUGUCCGAUCUCAGCGGCUCGGAUCUUUCUGAGGGAAGUUCUUGCUAGCCCAGGGUGUAGAGUUAGGGUCGGCUGGAAAUCUCCAGUCUAGUCCUACAAUUAUUUCAGGGCCCGGAGAAAAUCCGGUCACGUAUAAUAGCAUUACGCAUAAU